AUGUGUUUGAUGACCACAACAGCUAUAAUAAUGUGGUUCGGACCAUUAUUGUUGGCUCAAUCCUUUCCAAUCGAAGUUGAAUAUCCAUUCGAUGUGAAUAAACAACCAUUAAGAACUAUUAUUUACUUGCAUCAUAUAAUGGCUGUAUACCAAAGUCGUACGCAAGUAUGUAGCAACAUCUUCGUAGCUCUUCUGCUUUGGUUCACAGCAGCAAGAUUUGAGAUACUAUCCCAUAAAUUUCAGAAAAGUACAAGCAUCUCAGAAUUUAUAAUCUGUAUACAACUGCAUCAACGACUAUUACGAUAUGCAAAAGAUAUUACUAUGACAGUUCGAUAUAUAGUAUUAUCAUCGGUAGGAUUCAGUACCAUAGCAAUCGUAUUUAGUGGCCUUACUUUUUUGAGCCAACAACCAUUAACUAUAAAAACCCAAUUUUUUGCCAUUGCCGCAUCCGCACUUAUAGAGGUUUUUAUCUGCGCAUGGCCAGCUGAUUAUUUAUUGCGCACGAGCAAUGACAUUGGCCAUGCUGGAUAUGAAUCGUCAUGGUACAGUAAAGAUAUAUCUUUACAGAAGAAUUUGUUACAUACUGUGUCGAGAUGUCAAUAUCCUGUAACUCUAACUGUGCCAUGUCUGCUACCGACUCUUUCACUUAAUUAUUAUGCCUCUGUAAGUCAUAUCUUAAAUUAA